AAAGCUAUAGUAUGGUGUACUGCUAUUGGUCACAUGAUUGCCGUGAUUGGUUGUGUGGUUGACAUGUGAUUCACUUUGUUGCAUCCUUCGGUAGUAUGCGUUUAACUUCAAUUACAGAUGGCGCUUUUACAAAGUGCAUAGUCGCUUACUCGUAUGUUAGAAUCGCUAUCAAGUUAUAACCUAUCAUAUUGUUGACAAUAGAUUGUCAACAAAAUGUCUAUAUUUUAAAAUAAUCUUAUAAUUAUGUUUAACUGUGACAGCUAACCCAUUGUAUCAAAUAUAUUGUCUUGUGUGUAUAUUGCACAAAAAUUGAAGAUUCCCCGCAUGAUCACAUCCCACGAUCGAAAGUGCAUUAAAACACUUUCGAUGGUAGUGGCUAAUAUUUGGAUGAAUAUGAAUGUUAUAUGACACAAUACUUAAUUGAAUUAAAAGAUUAGAAAUUAAGAUUCUUAAAUAAAGAGAAAUACAAAUUCAAAAUGUUAAACCGAUUUAAAUCAGUAUUGAUGAAUGCUGUAGGAGUAAGUGAUCUUGACUUACAGUAUCCAAAUGAAUCGAACAAUGAUAUGAUGAUAGAUUAUGUCAAUUCUAAUUUUGCAAUAGAAGUAGAAAAUAAACCUUAUAGUCGACCUAGUUUCCUAGGACUUACCGCCGAAGAAACACAGGUCAGUGCUGACCAUAGAGUAAGACCUAUAAUAGUCCCAAGGGAUUUAAGCCGAUUACCAUGGUGCGCUGGCUAUGCCGAAUGUAUAAAUGCUGGAAAAAGUGUUUGGAACGAGGAUCAAGCAUCUGCAACCAGAGGAGACCUAAAAUUAACUGAUCUGAAUGUUUCGUUGCCUUAUGUUAUGUUUUCUAUGUUUGACGGUCAUGCUGGAUAUCAAGUAGCACUUACCGCAAGAUUACAUUUACACAGAAUAAUCCUUGAAAGGCUGAUCGCUAUACCGAGUACUGUAUUAUUAAAUGAAGAUGAAGAAGAAUUUAUAAAAGGUAAAGAUUUAGUUACAGGUGCUAUUGAAUUAGCUUACAGACAAAUGGACCAAAUGGUAGAAGCUCAAGCUCAAAAUGGUGGUGGAGGCUGUACAGCUAUUACUAUUUUAUUUCUUAAUGGUAGAUUAUAUGCAGCUGGUGCGGGUGAUUCUAGAGCAGUGCUUGUAUUAGGAGAUAGUCAACGUGCUCUUACUAGAGAUCAUACUCCUGAUUCUGAAUCCAAUCGCGUAAGAGCCUUAGGACUUUUAAGAAGUCACGAAUUACUAAAAGGUCACUUUACACCAUUAGAAUUCAAGAGAAGGCCAUUACAGAAAGAAUUGGGAACUAUGGUCCUAUAUAGAGAACCUUACAUGACUGGUUGGGCAUAUAAAACGUUAUCGCAUCCUGAUUUAAAGUUACCUCUUAUUUCUGGACAUGGAAAACGAAGUAGAGUAAUGGGUACUAUAGGAGUAACAAGAGGUUUUGGUGAUCAUGGCUUAAAAGCAGCCAAUACAGGUGUCAGUAUCAAACCGUUUUUAUCCUCUCAGCCUGAAAUACAAUCCUUAAAAUUGGAGGAUUGCAAUCUUACAGAACGAGAUUGCAUAAUCAUUGCUACCGAUGGAUUAUGGGAUGUUGUUUCUGACAAAACGGCAGCUACUAUUCUUAGAAAAACACUUGCACCAGAUACACCUUCUUUAGAAUAUAGGCUUACUAUGGGUGCUCAAGAAUUAGUACAAGCUGCUAGAGGUCGGUUAAUGGGAAGAACAUGGGUAGGAAAAUCAGAAAAUACUAAUGAAAACGAAGAUAAACUCUCUCUAAUGGCUUCGGUUGACGAUAUAAGUGUAAUGGUGGUACCAUUGUAUCCAUAUCUUUGCGAACAUAGACAAUGGUUAAAGUCAAUUCAGCAGGAAAGAAAGUAUUCUACUGAUUCCUCACACAUAUCUAUCAAUAAUUCGAUACAAUAAUCACUAUUAACUGAGUUAUUAAAAGUGUGCAUAAGAACAUUAGUUUCUCUUAGAGAGAGAAAGAAAGAGAGAGAGAG